AUGGAUGAGAUAAAGAUGGAAGAUGUGUUGAACGACUGUAUGGUGAAGGCUAAAUGUCUUCGUGAAACCCUGAAUAGGGUUACCGCUCAUUCCUCCUUCAGUGUUCAGUGGAAAGAUCUAGAUGAGUAUUUGGAAUCCGUCAAAGGGCAAGUAAACGAGCGGUUCAGGGAGUUAGAUUCCAAGGAGGUGGAGUUGAAAGAUCAAACCUUUGCACUUGAGGAAAUGGCAAAAGUGGUUGAAGAAGCAGAAGGUCGGCUUGCUGAUUUAGAGGUGAAAUCUGAGAGGGUUUGUUUAGAAGUUGAAGGAAAGAGGAAAGAACUUAACUUUCUUAAGAAUCAGGUGGAGAUUUCUCGAGAUGAGUCUAAUGUAGAGGAAGUGAGACUGUCUCAGCUUAGGACAUUGGUAGAAGAGUGUGAGGCAGAGAGAAUGUUAAAGGAAAGUCAGCUUAGUGAGAUGGUGGAAUCGUGGAGAAAGACUCAUGUUAAGCUUGGUUUGAAUGGUGAAGAGCUAGCAAAGAUGGUGACUAAUCUUGAGAGAUCUCGUGAUGAGGUCAGUGAAGAGAUGACGAGUUUGCAUAGAAUUCAAACUCACAGGAGACAGUUGGAUGAGGAAGUUGAGAGGAAGACAAAAGAUCUCACAUUGGUUCAGAACAAGCUUGUGGAAUGUGAGCAUCUGCUUUAG